CUUACCUGGAAACUGCGCAUGUGCAACUUCCAACAAAGAUUCUGUACAAGCAAGGAAGUAGCUGAUGGAUGCAAGAUCCAGUCAGCUAAAUCUAAGGUUUAGGAGUUUAUGGAAGGACUGGAACAUUUCCAGCUCUUCCACCUUCCUUCGCCAGGCAUCCAGAAUGAGCCCAGCAGCGCACAGAAAUGGUGACAAACCUGCGUUCUGCCGUGGCCUGUGCAGCAAUGGACGCCAUUGCAGAGCUUCAUGUUAUCCUGGGGAGAGCCAUGGCUCUUGGGGCAGAGAGGACAGGCAGUGCCCUGCUGCAGAAGUUGGCACAGACGACCAAUGCCUUCAUUCACCAGCAGGCUAACCUUGCCCUGGAUUCACUGGUGGAGAGCACUCGACUCAACAUAGGGCUGAGUCAGGGAGAGCACAGGACAGCACCUUCACCAGCUGGUGGACAUUGUUGGAGAGGAUCCGAUCUUGAUAGCAGGAAUAUCUUUGCACAGCGUUUCCUUACUGCUCUCAGUAAGAUGCUGCACCGGAAGUCAGGGACUUGCCCACCAGAGGGAGUUUAUGGUACUAUGGAAUAAGUUCAUCCCAGUGAAAGAAAGGCGUCCUUUGGAGAAGAUCUUGAUGACAAGACAAGGCAGUAGAAGCAGAGGUGAUGGUCAUCUAGACAACGUCAAAUUUAUGGAGGAAUAUUUGAGCAGGUUUUGACCUUUUGAACAAGUUCACAUCCAAACCUGCUGACAUCAUCCA